AUGUACAGCAACACCAUAAGCGCAGCCCCUGCGGCCGCGAACCUGGCCACCGUCGAAGGCUCGGGACACAUCGUUCCCCAAGAUGCCCCCGAUGACAACGCGUCUGAGCUUAGGGAGAGCAUCGCUUCAUCAAGCACGAGUAUCGCCUCCUCCAUUCUUGAUUAUCGAAUCGAAAAUGGUCGAACGUACCACAAGUACAAAGACGGCCAAUAUCAUAUUCCCAAUGACGCAUCGGAAUCUGACAGACUGGAUUUGCAACACAACCUUUUCCUGCUGACCUUGGAUAACAAGCUGGGUCUCGCACCUCCGAACGCCCCCGACUCAAAGGUGAAGAGGGUCCUUGAUGUCGGCACUGGCACUGGAAUCUGGGCAGUUGACUUUGGGGAGGAACACCCUGAAGCUGAAGUCCUCGGCAUUGAUCUCUCUCCGUCUAUGCCACAGUUCAUCCCUCCUAAUGUCAAGUUCGAGAUUGAUGACCUAGAAGAGCCUUGGGUCUACUCGAAGCCGUUCGAUUAUAUCCACACAAGGGCGAUGAACUCCUCAAUCACUGAUUGGAAAGUCUACAUCAAAAAGUGCUUUGACAACCUCAAAUCGGGAGGUUUUCUAGAGCUGCAGGAGUACGACGUGUUCGUCAAGUCCGACGAUGGUACCUUGAAGCCGGAACAUGCUGUCUCCAGAUGUGUCGACCUGAUUUAUGAUGCAUCCAUCAAGUUUGGAAGGCCCUACCAGCACAUCGAACCGCUUGCAGAGAUGAUGAGAGAGGUCGGAUUCGUUGAUGUUACAAUCCAGAGCGACAAAUGGCCCUCGAACGCAUGGGCUAGGGACCCUAAGUAUAAGGAAUUGGGCAUAUGGAAUCACGAGAAUAUGUCUUCUGGUGUUGAGGGCUUCACCAUGGCCGCUUUUACUCGCAUACACAACUGGACGAAGGAAGAAGUGCAGGCCUUCCUGGUUGAUGUCCGGAAGGACCUGAAAGACAGGUCUAUUCAUGGGUACUGGACAGUUUACAAUAUUUACGGAAGAAAGCCAGAGGCAUAA